AUGGCCAGAAAGUUCUUCGUCGGAGGCAACUGGAAAUGCAACGGAACUGCCGAGGAGGUGAAGAAGAUUGUGAACACUCUUAACGAAGCUCAAGUACCGUCACAGGACGUCGUAGAGGUUGUGGUUAGCCCUCCAUAUGUUUUCCUUCCACUGGUGAAGAGCACAUUGAGAUCUGACUUCCAUGUUGCGGCACAAAACUGCUGGGUUAAGAAAGGAGGUGCUUUCACUGGUGAAGUGAGUGCGGAGAUGCUUGUGAACUUGGACAUCCCAUGGGUUAUCCUUGGUCACUCUGAAAGGAGGGCACUCCUCAACGAAACAAACGAGUUCGUCGGUGAAAAGGUUGCCUAUGCACUUGCUCAAGGUUUGAAAGUGAUUGCCUGUGUUGGUGAGACUCUUGAGCAGCGUGAGUCUGGAUCAACCAUGGAUGUUGUUGCCGCCCAGACAAAAGCUAUUGCUGACAAGGUAACAAACUGGUCCAACGUUGUCGUAGCCUACGAACCAGUGUGGGCCAUUGGAACCGGAAAGGUCGCUAGCCCAGCCCAAGCUCAAGAAGUUCAUGAUGAACUGAGGAAAUGGCUUGCCAAGAACGUGAGUGCUGAUGUCGCUGCUACUACCCGCAUCAUUUACGGAGGAUCCGUCAAUGGUGGUAACUGCAAGGAGCUAGGUGGUCAAGCCGAUGUUGAUGGUUUCUUGGUCGGUGGUGCCUCCCUAAAGGCGGAGUUUAUCGACAUCAUCAAGGCUGCAGAGGUGAAGAAAAGCGCCUAA